AUGAUGCCAGUUUCAUUCGAGUGGAUAGUGGAUAUAAUGCUUGUUGCAAGCAAAAAUUCGAAAAGCAGCAUGGAAGCUUUAAAGGAAUUUGGACAAGUUCUAUUCCCAGUUGUGGGUGGAAACUCAUUGAUACCUGGCCGAGUGUUAGGAGGAGAUAGAACACCACUGAUCAUCCAAGUGUCAGUUGGUUUUGAAACCUUAUCAACGGCAUUAGCAGGAUUCGGACGCUUCAUCUAUCUACCAUCAAUGAUAUUUGUUGAAUUGCAAAGAGCUCACCAGUUACAUGCGCAUUAUCCAUUUUCGAAAGGAUUCAAUUUCAACAAUCUUGGAAUAAUGCAGACUAAUUUUUCAAAGCAACAUGAAAAACGACGACUCGAAAUGACCCAUGUUCUUCAAAUGUUCAAUGGACUUAGAAUCCAACUAUCGACGAUCUUCUCACAAGCUGCAAAACAACAAGCUGAUUCUCUAGAAGAACAGAUGCGUGAAGAUAUCAAGAAGAUAGCAACAUUUGAUUCAUCUCCGGAAGCGACGGAAAACAGCUUCUCUGUCGAAGAAGAGGAUUAUAGCUAUAAGCUGAAUGGUGUCAUAAUUUUUGAAGGAGAAAAUCGGGACGAAGGUCAUUUCUUGUUCAGUGAAUAUACUUUGACCGAAACUUUUUUCACUGUUUCUAGAAGUCUAACAAACUUCAUUUUUGUAGAGCUCACUAUUUCAGUAUAAUUAACCAGCACGAGCUUACAGUUGGAUUUUUUCUAUCAAAUUGUAUUUAAUUUAUUUA